AUGCCGACCCGCUCCAACGCUGCGAGGGACACGAAUCCGAGCGGGACUGGUGCUCCACCACGCGCUCCGUCCAACAGCUAUCGUGACUCGACGCUAAACAUCUUCGCUCUGCUGCUUGCCUUCCGCAUCGUCAACGCACUAACCCUGCGCUCCUUUUUCCAGCCCGACGAGUUCUUCCAGUCCCUCGAACCUGCAUGGCAGCUUGCGUUUGGCCCCGCCAGCAAUGCCUGGAUCACCUGGGAAUGGAGAUCCCAAUUGCGGUCGUCCCUGCAUCCAGCGCUAUUCGCUGCCGUCUAUCGAGUCGCGGCACAUGUUGCUGACCUCUGUGGCUUGACCUUGCCUGCUAAAGCCGAACUACUCCUAGCUGCCCCGAAAGUUACCCAAGCCGUCUCUGCAGCCUUGCUUGAUUGCUACACAUGGAAACUUGCGGAAAAGGUCUACGGUCGUGGCAGUCGCACUGCCCUUACUACUUCGUUAGCCGUCUUCUACGGGAGGAACCGCGGCGACUACUAUUUGACCGAAGGUUUGCCGUUGCUCCUCACGACAUCGUUGCCAUUUGCCGUUGUUGGCCUGUGGCAGUCGUUGAGGGGCUUAGAGCCACGUAGCCCAGCCAAAGGCGACAGCCCGGGUAAUACAGCAGCUUCAGGUCAAGAUACUGCGGGCAGUCAGAUACUAAGCCGUCUGUCAUGGACGGUGAUCGUCAUGACUGCUACGCUGAGUUUGAUAUCGCACAAGGAAGUUCGCUUUCUGUACCCAAUCCUACCCUUCCUUCAUGUCAUCGCCGCCAGGCCACUCAGCAAGUUUUUACCUCCUCGCGCUGCGCUAUCGCACAAAGCAGUCAUUCUGUUCUUGCUUGCUGUAAACAUCCUACUUGCAGGCUAUGUCUCUCAAGUUCACCAGCGGGGAGUCAUCGAUGUACUCGCCCAUCUCCGCCAUAAACAUGAAACGCGCAACAGCCUAUUACACGUCCAUGGCAAUAGCGAUAGUAACGUCGCUGCUGUGACCAAUACAACAGUCGGCUUCCUCAUGCCCUGCCACUCCACACCCUGGCGCUCCCACCUCAUCUACCCUGAAAUCUCCGCAUGGGCUUUGACGUGCGAGCCACCCAUCGACAUACCCCUCUCACAGCGCACAACCUAUCUCGACGAGGCGGAUGAGUUCUACAUCAAACCUGGCCCUGUAGCUUGGCUCCGAGCCAAUAUGGAAGAUGUACAGACGAUCAAGGCGAGUGGAAGUAGGUCUGGUCAGCAUUGGAUGCGCCAGGAUCCAAAGUUUAAACGCAAGUACCGGCGUGAGUGGCCGCAGAACCUUGUUUUCUUUGAGCAGUUGGAAGGGACGCUGAAGGAGUAUCUUGAGGGCACUAGGUACCAGGAGUGUUGGAGGGGUUUCAACAGCCACUUCCAUGAUGACUCGAGGAGGACUGGUGAUGUGGUUGUCUGGUGCUUGGAUGGCGUGUGA